UCCAGAGCCACAUGGUGGCAGACAAAUCCAGAAAGGGAUCAGUCAUUCAAGAAAUGGCAUGCUGAAGUGCCACGGGGCCACGGAAGAUCUCCGGACACCGGAUCAGAAGCAGCUGCCCCCCGGCUGCUAUUUUCACUCAGCUUAAAGCACCAUGGGCAGCCAGCAUCUAUGUCAUGGACUACCCACAACAACCACUCUUACUUUACACACCAUGAAGUCCACCAGAGGUGAGCAUGGGCUUGCUCAUGCACAUCCCUCACACGACACCCAGAGCUUGUCCUCUGACCCCGAUGAGCUUGACAGUGGCAGCGACAGCUCAGAGAAAUCCACUGGUGCCGGGAGCCCCGUUCGGAGCCACAGGGAAGGGGGGAGGCGACAUGUGGGCCAUAGAAUAGCAGGUAUGAACAAACAGCGGCAGGCAGCCAAUGCUCGGGAGCGAGACCGAACGCACAGCGUCAACACCGCCUUCGCGGAUCUACGCACACUCAUACCCACGGAACCGGCCGACAGGAAGUUGUCAAAAAUCGAGACUCUGCGUUUGGCGUCAAGCUACAUUUCGCACCUGGCAAAUGUGCUUCUAUUAGGGGAGGACUGCAGGGACGGGCAACCCUGCCUGAAAUAUCACAACAUCUUACAAAACAACAACAACAACCUCAAAACCCCAGUCAAACCCAUCUGCACUUUCUGCUUGAGUAACCAAAGGAAACUGCUAAGAGAUGGGGAAAAGCACUCAACUGCGUGACAGCAAGAGUUAUCCAACUGACCGCUGCUACGUCCGAGCUCCCAACUUCUUAAUGUUUACAUGUAAAGAGACAUCAUCGCCUUGCACAGAGACAAGAUAUUAUGUUGUAUGUUUUUUGAGAAGAAUCUACAAAUAUUGCACUUUUUUUGCAUUUACUACGUGUGUUGCAUAUGCAUGUGUCCACCUUAUGUUUUGGUUAAUGUAACCAGAGAAUAUGUGUAAAGUUGCACCUGGUGGUAGGCUAUUUCAGUAUCAGACGUAGUAAGCUACACCAUCCCUCGCAGUAAAAAACAGUCUCGUGUCUGUCUCGCACAUCAUAUGUGCAAAAUCAAAAUUUCUAGUGCAAAUAUCAUGCAUUAAUUGUACUUGAAUUACUGAACAAGACUAUUGCCAGUAAUUUGUAAACAUUUGCACACGUUUGUCAGACACGUCCCUGGUCAAAAAUAAUUUCUUAAGUAAUAUGGCCUACCUCUAAAGCUUUUUAAAUGCAGAAUACCAUCAUUUUGUAAUACUUGAACAUUGCCUUUUCCAAGUGGUCUUUUGCACAUGCCAAACAUCAAACAAGCUGCUAUUUAAUGAUCAAGUAUUUUUGUAAAAAAAAUAUAUAUAUAACAUAUAUAUAAUAAUAAUAAUAAAAAAAAAUCUCCUGU